UCGCGCCUUGACCAGGUGAGUCUCCCUUUGAUCAGCCCGAGGACCGGCCGGCGUGCGCGUGGUGCUCUCUACACAAUGGGCAGGGGUGCCAAACACAACCCUGAUGACCGCUUUCUGGUCACGCACCAGGGCGGCGUCUACGACAUCGCGCCCUUUCUCGCCCAACACCCUGGUGGACUGGCUCACGUCGAACCCUACAGAGGGAAAAGCAUAUCUCACUUGCUGAAGAGCGUACGCGACGCUGGCGAAAGUGAGUCAUCUCUGGUUCACUCGCUCUCGGCCACUUAUCUUUUGAACCAAUACCGCGUCGGUGAUGAUCCCAAGGCCACAGAUGAAAAUAAAAACCACAACGGAGCCAGUAAUGGCGCACAAAUUCAUCAAUCCACCGAAAGCAUAGACGACCUAGAGCAUCUAGUCGACUGGAGCAAACCGAUGCUGGACCAAGUGGCCUCCCUGGGGGCGAAUUACUCCAAGUGGGUCAACCUGCCCGUCGACAAGCCGCUCAUACUUUUCGGCAACCCGAUUUUGGAAAAACUGACCAUGGCCAAGUGGUACUACAUUCCCAUCUUCUGGAUCCCCAUUUUCUUUCUCUUCCUAAAAGUCCACUACGCAGGAGGUUUCUCGCACGGCACAACAGUUUUCGGAUUAAUUUUUGGCGUGCUGCUGUGGACCGCACUUGAGUAUUCCCUGCACAGGUGGCUCUUCCACAUGGAGCCUCCCAGCAAGAGCCCUCGACUUAUCACAUUCCAUUUUGUCAUUCACGGACUUCAUCACAAAGUUCCAUUUGAUGGGACGCGUUUGGUUUUCCCUCCAGCCGGUUCCUCUAUCUUGGGAAUCGUCCUGUAUUUUACUUUCAGCGCUCUCUUGCCAGCAAAUAUUUUGCAUUCUACCGCCGCAGGAAUAACCCUAGGUUAUUUAUUCUACGACUUGUUCCACUACUACUUGCAUUUUGGGGCGCCAGAUCCCUCCUCCCACUUGUACUUCAUGAAACGAUAUCACAACCAGCACCACUUUUCACAUCAUGACUCAGGCUACGGCAUCACUAGUCCUUUGUGGGAUGCCGUUUUUGGGACCAAAAUCGUCCUCAAGAAGUUGGCCAAGGCCAUCAGAUGGUGAAGAGCCUGCGCCAGGUAUACUUUUGAUAGUUACCAGUAUUUUCUUUUUCAUACUCAAGUCAACAUACGAGUUUUCAAAGAACAGCAACGGACUGAACAAUUUCUUAAUUUUAUUGUUUAUUUUUAAAGGAUUUUGUGCCAAAUAAAAUUUUCUUUUGAUUUUCAAGUAAAUAAA